UGAACUGACGACAGCUCUGACAGUGCCUUGUGCCUCUCACCAGGCCCCUUGGAACAGAGACACCCCAGCCACCCGGACCCUGACGGCGAGCCCCCUGUCCAUGGUCCCGUGGCCCUCUGUGUCCUGACAUGCCAGGCAGCAGCAGCACACGCGUAGCCCCAGCAGCCCAGCCAUGGAGCAGCAAGCCUGGAUACUGAGGGGCUUCCUGGCUCAAGUGGAGAGCAAGGAGGCUGAGGAGGAGGAAGCGGAGAGUGGCUUCACAGGGGAGUUCUCGAGGCUCAAACGCCAGUCCACCAAGUACCGCACUGACAAAACCUACCCCACCAAAGUAGCGGAGAAGCAGGAGAAUGUGAAGAAGAACCGAUACAAGGACAUUGUUCCCUUUGACCACAGCAGAGUGAAGCUAUCCCUUACCACCUCCAAGAAUGACAAUGACUACAUCAAUGCCAGCUUCAUCAAGGGAGUGUCAGGGGCCAGGGCCUACAUUGCCACUCAGGGCCCUCUGCCCCACACCGUGCUGGACUUCUGGAGGAUGCUCUGGGAGUACAACAUAGAGGUCAUAGUGAUGGCUUGCAGGGAGUAUGAGAUGGGCAGGAAAAAGUGUGAGCGCUACUGGCCGGAGAAACAAGAGGAGCCGUUUGUUUGUGACCCGUUUACUAUUUACUGCGACUCAGAGGAAAGUAAAGGGGACUAUGUGAGCAGAAACUUGAGGGUGACCUAUCGUAAUAAGUGGUGCCGGACCCUGAGACAGCUGCACUAUAUCAACUGGCCCGACCAUGGGGUCCCUGACACCAUCCCUCCCAUCCUGGAGCUGCUGCAAGAGAUGAGAUCCUACCAGGCCCAUGAGGAUGUGCCCAUCUGCAUACACUGCAGUGCUGGCUGUGGAAGAACAGGAGCACUAUGUGCCAUCGACUACACCUGGAACCUGGUGAAAACACAGCGGCUCAAAGAAGACUUCAGCAUCUAUGACCUGGUUCAGGACAUGAGAACACAGAGGCCUUCUGUGGUUCAGACCAAGGAACAGUACGAGCUGGUGUACAGAACCGUCAAGUUCCUGUUUGAGAAGUAUCUGCAGUCCAUGGCACCAGCACAGCCUUCCUGCACAGAGGAGGUGCCAGCGGCCCCCUCACCCCCUACAGCCAGUGACAGUGAGCUCACUGACCUCAGCGAGGCGUCUGAAGCUGAACAGGAACCAGAACCUGAGCCACAGCAUCAAAUGGAACCACAGACAGAGCACAGGCACCCAGGCACCCUACCAACACAGACUAUUAACCAGAAACCACAACCCCUACAGACACAGACUAAUAGCAUGUCCAUGAACCAGAGACCAUCAUACCCACUACCGACAAAGCCCGAUACAUUGCCCACCAGCCAGGACCUGAGACAAGAGCCCAGUCUCCGCAUCCCCAUCAUAACCUCUCAGGCACUCAGGACUCAGGAAUUCUGUCAGAGAGCCAUGGAGCAAAAGAAGGUGGAGAGUGAUGGAGAGAUCACCCGACUGGUACCACCAGUGCUCUCUGCAGUUUCCAUCUCCAACCCCCUCUGUCUCACUGUGGAGGACCUCUACUUUUUACCUGACUCUUCAAUGACCUCACCCCUGGCUGCUGAGGCUCCCAGAGGGGCUGAUAAUGAGGAGGAGCUGGCUCCACUGAGCAAGUUGACAGAGAACCCCUGUUUCAAUGGUUCAAUUAUGACUCUUAAAGACCAGUCGAUGGAACUGCCAGCCCUUGUCAUCACAAACGCUGCCCCAGGUGCGCUUGUAGCUUUCUCGGAUGAAGACAGUCCACCUCCAUUACCUGAGAGAACCCCUGAAUCUUAUGUACUGUCUGCUGGAACAGAGCGUCCUGAUAACAUCUCUAAACCUGAGAGGUUAGAGGUCAUCAUCCCUCCUAAUGCUGCAGCUGAAGCCCUCAGGGUGAACGGGAGUCCCCCCUCGCCUAUCCCCCCACUGCCAGAGAGAACGCCAGAAUCCUUUGUGUUGGCCAACAAUGCCGGAAGGAGCACUACUGUCUUCCCUUCCCUCUCAGUCCCCGUGGAGAUGGUGGUCCAGAAGUCAGAAGAGAGAGAGUGGUCUGGACGGUCAGUGGACACUCUGGUGGAUGAGAUAUCUUGGACGAGGAGCAAAAGCUUGAAAGUAAAAAUGACAACACUCUCAGUGUCACCCCAGGAUACAGUAUCACCCCCAGUUACAGUGCCACCACCCGUUACAUUGCCUCCCCCGGUUAGAUAUUCUGUUCCUGCUCCCUGUACAUCAGUAAACCUUCCUCCUCCCCCUCCACCUCCCUAUCCUCUGGCCCCUUCUCUCUCACCUCCAGGUAGAACCCAUUUGGUUCCAGGUAGAACCUCACUGAUUUGUGGUGGUUUUUAUUGUGAAGGCUCAGAGAAUCUGACUCCCCCUCUACCUGAGAGAACUCCAGAAUCCUUCUUCCUGGUCACUCAAGAAGUUGAUCAGAACAGUGCCCCCUGCCUGCAGAGUCAGAGCAACAGCCAGACCACAUCUACACAGCAGAGGAUCGGUACAUCCUCAGAGUGGGCAGGGAACUCCCAACCCAAAAGAUUCCUGGAUGGAAUCAUGAAUCGGAGCAAGAGUGUCCACGCAAAGAGUUCACUGAAAGAGCCCCUGACUACUGUUCCUCUGGUUGCUCAAACCGUUGUGGCUGUAGGAGGAAGUGCUGAAAUGAAGCUUCAGCAGCCUGUGGACAACAGCACUGGGACUACUGAAGACAAAUCAGACAAGAACAGUGGGAAGGCCUUGUCUAGAACAAAGAGCCUGAAGUUAUUCAAACUCAGACAGAAACCAAAGUCUGCCCCUCCACCAGUACCAACACACUCUGGACCAUCUCCUCCUUAUGGUACCUCUGCCUCAUCAUCAGUGUUCACAUUUGGAUUUGGAACUCGUUUUGGGAAGCCUAAAGGGCCAAGGAGUCAUCCUGAGACGUGGGUGUAAGACAGCCAGUCAACAAAGCUGGAUAUGUCUGGCCACUGUCCUCAGAUCACAGGGCUGGAACCCUGCAUGUGGCUACUAGCUACUGGCCACUUAACUGGACUAGGGAUGGUCCCUAGAGGACUUUUGACAUUGUGAAGGAAGAUCAUUCCAAGAAGACAUGGGGAAUCAUGUAGCUUUCUCCCUGUGUUCUGAGACGACAUGAACACCGUCUUGCAAACUGCUGUAACGGCCCAAUGAUCAACCUCGGAUUAGCUUUAAAUUGGAGCACCUGUUAUUCAUGACAAAUUGAUCGUACUGUAGUUAUUUAUCCGUGCCUGAAGGGAGAACUUGUGCCUCUGAAAUGUGGUGGAAGGAUGCAAUCAAAUGUAGGCAAAGGAUGGAUGGAAAGAAUGGAAGGAUGAGUUGAUAAAUGUUAGAGGGCUACUUUUGGCUAUUUUGCCUGAUAAAUACAGUAAGGUACUUUGAAUAGUUGGUAACACGUUACUUGAUACGUUACCAAAUAGUUGUAUAUGCUGAUGUUUAUUUGUUAUUGUUUGUAUAGGCUCCUUCUGAUCCAGACAAAAUCUAGAUCUACAUCUGGACUGUACAGAGUGAUACACUUUUUUUAAGGGUAAUAUAUUUGUACUGGUAUUAUUCUUCAUGGUGGUGUGAGAGAAGCAGACAGGUCUGUAUUCUGCAUACAUCACAUUCAUUGUUGUAACUUGGUGGAUGUGUUUUCUAUAUGGGCUAUAAUUUAAAAAGUAAAGAAAAUACAUAUUGCUCUAAAUUUACCCAUUUGAGGAUCACUGUUUUCUUAUCUAUAAUGCUUACAAAAGUAAUGUCACUGAUAAUUCAUACAUAAUGCACACAUACAAUUAUUUAUUUAGAAAAAUACAAGAAACGUUUGUUUUCUACUCAAUUCACAUGAUUGAUCUCACUUUUAAUAACAGAAUUCU